UACCCUUCUGAUUCUGAACUACCUUCAAUCUGAGAGAGCUCACCAUCUUUUGAAAUUCUACCACAGUGAAGAUGUCAAAUGCCAGCAAAAGAUGCCUCCACAAGAGAUGGCCAUACAUGGAAGACGACUUAAAGAAGGCAGCAGAAGAAGGCAUAUUCGAUCCAUUUAAUGAACAUUUAGAUCAUCUUGAUUGCAUAGUCACACAAAAUGGAAACACGAUACUUCAUGUGCAUCUUUGCAAGUCGUUAGGAAAAAAAUCUGAGGAGUUUAUGAGACGAGUAGUUGGCAAUUGCCCCAAGUUGUUAACGCAGCAAAAUUGCGACGGUAAUGCUCCGUUGCACAUAGCAGCUAGGCAAGGGCGUACCGAUGUAGCGGAGGAGCUAAUUAGACUGGCUGAUGACUUACAUGGAGGGAAUGUAGAAGCAGUGAGGGAGAUGUUAAGGAAGAAAAAUAAGAAGGAAGAAACGGCCUUGCAUGUCGCAGCACGAAAUGAUAAAAGUGUGGGUGUUGUUAAAGCAAUAUUGAGAAAGGAAGAUACUCGGUUUGAUAGUUAUGUAAAUGAUAGUUUGGAAACCCCUCUUGAAUUGGCCGUUGAAAACUCAUGUACACAUAUAGUGGCUGAGUUAUUGAAUCAUUUCGAUUCACAAUCUCUGUGUCUAGAGGUUCUCGACGUGUAUAUUGGUUCGGUGAUGCAUAAGGCAGUAAUGCGCCGGAAUACAGGUAACAUUGGAUUAUCUUAUCUGCAAUGCUUAAAGCUCAUGCUUAGUUGCAAGUUGACUACAGCAUUUGAUGUUGGUGACUUUGUUUCAGAGAUAGUACGUUUGCUGUUGGAAAAAGAGAGUGGUUUGGCCAAAAUAGAAAAUGAUAUAGGAUGGACUCCACUUCAUAUUGCUGCACUUGAAGGUUGUAGCUCAAUGGUGUCGACUCUAUUAGACAAGGACAAAUCUAUUGCCUGCAUUACAACUGGUUAUGUGGACUGGACAGCUCUUCACAUUGCAGCCCCACGUGGCUUCAAGCACGUAGUGACAGCUCUUCACAUUGCAGCCUCACGUGGCUUCAAGCACGUAGUGAAUGAGAUUAUUACUAAAUGUCCAGAGUGUUGUGAAAUCACUGACGAUAGAGGCUGGAACGUUCUUCACUUUGCAGUAAUGAGCGAAAAUGAUGAAUUACUGAAAAUAAUCCUUGAAAAUUCAUCGUUGGCUUACCUUAUAAUCGGAAAAGAUAAUGCAGGGCAUACGCCUGAUAUGGCAUUUGGUUUUGGAAAUAUCAUAUUGACUCAUGCUGAUAAAGAAAUUGACGGUGAAGAUGCGGAGAUUGAAUAUUACAAUUCGGUCAGAGGCCUCAGGAGUUCAGAUGAUUUAGCCGACACUUUCAAGAUUGUGAAACAUGAUUCAGCUGACACUUUCAAGAUUGUGAAACAUGAUUCGGAGAAUAUAAAAGAAAUGAGGAACAAGAGAGAAGAAACGAUAAUACUUCAUUUAGAAAAAGCCAAAGACUCUCAUUUGGUGGUUGCAACACUUAUUGCAACCGUAACCUUCGCGGCAGCUUUCACCAUGCCUGGUGGCUAUAUAAGUGAUAAAGAAGAUUCAGAGAAAGGGACUCCUAUCCUGAUAAAAAAUUUAGCUUUUAAAGCAUUUAUUAUAUCAGACGCCAUGGCUAUGGCUCUUUCAACUUCUUCUGUCUUUAUCUACUUUAUUAUGGUAAUGCUAGGAUCUAAACCAAAAUACCAUUGGUUAAUAAAAACUGCCUUUAGGUUUAUCUCCCUUGCCAUGGGAGCAAUGGUGGUUGCAUUUGUUACAGGCACUUACGCAGUUCUGGCACCUUCCAUGGAGCUUGCCAUUGCCACUUGUGUUACUGGAUUGAGCUUCUUCCUCUAUGUCUUUUAUAUCUUCAUAAGGUUAUUACGUGAUUUUCUUCUUCAUAGUCUUGAUGAUGAUGAUGGAAGGAAUUUAACUCUCUCGUGGUUAAGUUGCGGAAAAUGGUGGUUGAAGGAUUAUAUAUCAAGAAGGUGGUCGGAGAGGAAUGAAAUAGAAAGUUUAUGA